AUGUUUUCAGCUUCCAUCUGCUCACUCCCACCAAUUCCUGGGUAUGGCGAUUGCAACACUGACCAUGAGGAACACUUUUAUUUCGAUAAAUACGAGUUAAGGUGCAAGAAAUUUUUGUUCAUGAAUUGCCUUGGUGGUAACGAAAAUCGAUUUGUCACGGAAGCGCAGUGCAAUCGUUUUUGCCAAAGUUCAGCGUGUGCAGCUGGUGAAGCAGUAGCUGUCUCCUCAUCAGGAGUUCCACUCAUCUGCGAUAAGCCGUCGAUUUGCCCACAUGGAUACAAAUGUGUCUACAACAAGCUUUUCAACAGACACCACUGCUGCGGAUUUUCUAACAAUGGUGGCGUUUGCCCCGUGGAUUCCGUGUCGUACACCUCUCUGGCUACAGGAGCCGCUUUGCGUUGCAUACCAUCAACUCGCAGUGAUUCGUGUCCAGAAGGAUUCAUUUGUGUAGGAAAAGGACAGAGUGGAUAUUGUUGCAAACCAAAAGGAUGGUGUCCGAACGACUCACGACCAUUCUCGAGUCCUAACAAUGGCCAACCGCAGAAGUGUACUGUAGGAGUGACAGUAUGCAGGCUGGUAAAACUAUAUGUUGAACUGUUCCAAACUCUUAUUCACAGACGUCACUCUGGACUUCCAUUGCCAGGCACCAACCAACCCACGAAUAUUCCACCAAUGCGAUCAGUCGUCUUCGAUCUAAUGACAGUGCUAACGUGCCCAGAUGCGCUGUCACCUUCAUACCUCACCAAUUCCCAGCUCAUCAUCGAAUGCACGGAAACAGAGCAAUCAACUACCACGUGCCCAGCGCCUGCAAGAUGUGUCAGAGCUCCUAGGGAUGUGCUACGUCGAUCCGUAUGCUGUUCCGGCUUCAAUGGAAGUUAG